GAGGUGCAAACGCAUGCCCGGGCUUUCCCAGCCUCUCCCCUCCCCAUGAGACCCGGAGGUUUCGGCCUGCGGCUGUGGGCCCCGGUGGGGGUGCUGACCUCGCUGACCUCUCUGGCCUGCUGCCUCCACGGGAGGAGCCGGGCGGUCCUGGCGGAGGCCGGCGACGAGCGGCGGAGGCCGCUGGAGCUGCGGCUGGUGCUGGUGGUGUUCCGACACGGGGCCCGCACCCCGCUGAAGCCGCUCCCGCAGCAGCACCAGCGGCAGGUGGAGUGGAGCCCGACCCUGCUGGAGGUCCCGGCCCAAACCCGCUUCGACUACACUGUGACCGACCUGGCCGGGGGGCCGAGACCCCCGUCUCCCUACGACAACCAGUACCAGGGCACCAAGCUGAAGGGCGGCGUGGUAGCCGGUCAGCUCACCACGGUGGGGAUGCAGCAAAUGUUCGCCCUGGGUGAGAGGCUCAGGAGGAGCUACGUGGAGGAUGUCCACUUCCUCUCCCCGACGUUCAAGCCCGUGGAAGUGUCUGUCCGCUCCACAAACAUCUACCGGAACCUAGAGUCCACUCGGUGCCUCCUGGCCGGCCUCUUCCAGCGCCAGAAAGAAGGACCGGUCACGAUCCUCACGGACGAAGCUGGGUCCGAAAUCCUUUACCCCAACUCCCUGAACUGCCGCAGCCUGAGACAUAUUACAAGGGACAGGAAGCUGGCCGCCUCCCAGCAGCCAGGCAUCUCCGCAGACCUGAAAAAGGUCCAGGAAGAGAUGGGUUUCCAGGGGCGCGAGGACGUCGACUUCUUCCUUCUCCUGGACAAUGCCCUGGCUGAGCAGAUUCAUGGGCUCCCGAGCUGCCCCCUGCUAAAGAAGUUCACACCGGUGAUCGAACGACGAGCGGUGGACACGAUCCUCUACAUGAUGGGGAGAGGUGACCGCGAAGGGCUGCAGAUGGCCGUCGGUCCCCUGCUUUACACCCUGCAGCGGAACCUCCUCGAGGCCGUGGGCUCGGACCCCCCGUCCAGCGAGACCAGGAAGCUCUAUCUGUACGCUGCCCAUGACGUGACCCUCAUGCCCCUCCUGAUGGCCCUGGGCAUCUUCGACAAGAAGUGGCCCCCCUACGCGGCGGACCUGGCCUUGGAACUGUAUCAGCACCAGGAGUCGCGGGAGUGGUUUGUGCGGCUGUCUUACCUGGGGCAGGAGCAGGUAGCGCGUGGCUGCAGCUCCGGCAUGUGUCCCCUGGAGGAGUUCCUGAGCGCGCUAGCCCCCUACAGCGUCAGCCCGAACCAGUACAGCUCCCUGUGCACGAGCAUUGAACUGCCGGCCGCCCGGGACCCGUGAAGCGGCAGGCGGAGGAAGGGGCAGGGGCUUUCCACCCAGACUAACCGGGACUUGGGAAAGGCGAUGCUUCGGGGCUACCCAGUCACCCUAAUAAACGGGCUGGUUGCACGCGGGCCGGUGGUGUGCGCGA